UAAUAUAGUGUAAUUUGCGUAGUAUAUAAAACUAAUGUUUUUCACUGUAGAAAUGGCUUUUUCUCUAGUAAUUUUAGACAUUUUAAAGAUAAAUUAUGUUCUUUUAUUAACCCGGUAAAACCGUACAACCGUAAAACAGGAUGUAUGUGAUAUAGUAAAACAAAUAACACUGCCGUGCAUUAUAAGUAUGAAAUAGCAGUAUCUAGUCAUAUAGUAAAGACGAUUGUGUCCCAUUAGCAAUGUGUACAAAAUUAUUAAGCCUAAAUGAUUGCUUGAAAAGCCCAAGUUUUAACAGUUCCGUAUGACAAUAAAUGCAUUUACAUGUCUAUAACCAUCUUUAACUGGCGCCAAAACGUUUAUUUACUCCACGUUAAUAGAAAAGUAUUGAAAUUAGUUGAGAAAUUAAAACGAAAACUCCAGAAAACUGCAGCUCCACCAUUCACUCGUAUGUCUUUGUAGUCGGCUUUUACCCUCACCAAUAUGGCGGUGGCGUUGACGUACGAUCCAGCGGACAAUGAGGCGUCUAGGUUAUAUACGUCUAUGGUCAAAACCUAUCAAACCGUUGCACACACCGUUUCCAAGAAACAUGUCGUUCAACCUGGAAACCGUAGCAAAACGUUGCGCAGGCUCUCACUAAAUCCAUUAUGUGUUUCGAGUCUGACGUCAUCACGCAACCAUGUUUUUUGGCAAGUUUAAGAAAUGGUUAGGGUUUCAUAAGACUCGAAAAAAGCUAAAAUUUUGUCAAAACCAACAAGCCACGCCCACAGAUUUGACUCAAAACAUCAAGGAUUUGUGAGAGCCCGUUGGUGCACUGGUUUGAGCUUGAACGUGCCCCAGUUUCCCUUUUACAAUCAUCAUGUGAUCACAGUCAGCUGACACGGAAGUCACGCACUUAAACAUUGAGUGAUUUUCGCUUGCAGUAGUUUAUUCCAUCCCUCUCAUAUUGAAAAUCUGUUUUAAACAGUUAAUUGCUUGAAUGCUCUUGCGUUUUGCCUUAAAAUGAAUCCUCGCGUGGCUGCGCUCAUCGCUGCGCUUUUGUGCGCGCUCUCCACCGGUGCAGCCCAGCACCUGGACACAGAGUGGCUGGCAGAUGGUGUUCACGAGUCUGUGCAGCUCCUACAAGUUUCCAAUAGCACGAACUCGUCUGAUCUGAUCUAUGGAUUCGUAUCCUGUGGAGUGUCCGCUCUCUUCUACGGGAGCAACUUCGUGCCAGUGAAAAAGAUAGACACUGGUGAUGGUAUGUUUUUCCAGUGGAUUCUAUGUGCUGCUAUAUGGACCGUAUCCCUAGUGGUAAACAUCAUUCUGAACAGUCCAAAAUUUUGGCCUAUUGUUAUGCUGGGAGGAGCCAUCUGGGCUACUGGUAAUAUAACUGUAGUUCCUAUUGUAAAGACUAUCGGGCUUGGUCUUGGCCUUCUUAUAUGGGCUUCUGUUAAUCUGCUUAUGGGCUGGGCCAGUUCACGGUUUGGCUGGUUUGGUAUUGAAGCUGAGAGUGUUUCCAAACCAGUACUUAACUACUGUGGGGCGGGUCUUUGUUUAAUGAGUGCCAUUGUGUUUUUUUUUGUGAAGAGUGAUGUUCAACGAUCACCAACAUCUGAAGAAACGUCAUUAUUAAUAGAUCACACUGUGAACUCAGAAGCUGUGGCCGUGACUGAUGAAUCCUGGGUGGAUGCAUUAAGGCCACGCACCAAACGUCUUGUUGGGUCGCUGCUUGCUGUCGUAGCUGGACUGCUGUACGGGUCAUCAUUUAUUCCAGUUCUGUAUGUUAAAUAUCAUGCAGCUGAUCCAGACAGCCAAUACAGAGGAGCUAGCCAGUUUGAUCUGGAUUAUGUCUUUGCACAGUAUAGUGGGAUCUUUCUCACUAGUACUGUGUAUUUCAUCCUCUACUGUGCCAUCAAAAAGAAUAAACCGCAAGUGUUUCCUAAAGCUGUACUGCCAGGGUUUGUGUCAGGCUUGAUGUGGGGAGUGGCCACAUGCUGCUGGUUCCUGGCCAAUCACUAUCUCAGUCCUGUAGUGAGCUUCCCUAUUAUCACCACAGUUCCUGGAGUGAUUGCUGCUCUCUGGGGUGUUGUGGUUUUCAGGGAAGUUAAGGGUUUGCGAAAUUACAUUGUCCUCAUCUUAGCAUUUUGUCUUGUUUUAUCUGGGGCUUUAUUGACUGCGUUUUCAAAGGUUUAAUGAAGUCCGUUAAACAGAAGUACAUGGAAUGCUCAACGCAUUUAUGGCUAAUAUUUUUUAACAGGAGUUUUUUACAUCUUAUUUGUACAUUUAAAAUCACUUUUAUUGUCUUAAAUAGUUUUUAUACUGUGCAUCAGAGUUGUAGCAGUUUUAGUAAGCACUUUAAUGUAGGUUGUGUAACACCAAUUACUUAAACAUUAAUUGAGAAGCCUUAACUGUUUGUAUCAGGGAAAUGUUUCAAGUGCAAUACUAUCAGUUUUUAUGUUGUGAAUGAAUAUAUACUCAUAGACAACCUUUUGUCAUGUUUACACUAUAAUGGACCUCAUUUGACUCUUUGCACAUACUGUACUGUAUAUUGAUUUGGGGUUUUUAAUAAAUGAUGGAUUUAAAGGCAAAGGAUAAAAAAGAUCACGGGUGUUUGGACUUUAUUAAGCAAGAACUUUUUCUAGAGAUACCUCUGUUUCAAUUCUGUGAACACAAAGAAUGUUUUUGAUUCAAGUAAAAUGUUCAAACUGAA